AUGGUUCAUGAUACCAGAUACAAACUGUAUGAGACUCAGGAAUAUGGGGGAAAACAGUAUCAUUGUAAGCUAUAUGAGAAAGCAUUUACUGAUCACUACUCCUUUCAAAUAUAUGAAAGGACUCAAAUUGCAGAGAAGCUGUAUGAUUGUAAGGAAUGUGGGAAAUCAUUUGCUUCUCAUAAAAGUCAAAGAAGACACAUGAUAUUGCACACUGGAGAUGGACCUAACAAAUGCAAAUUUUGUGGGAAAGCCUUUUACUAUCAUAGGUCAGCUCUGAGUCAUGAAAGGACUAACACUGGAGAGAAACCCUAUGAAUGUAAGCACUGCUGUGGGAAAGCAUUCAAUUCCCAUGGAAAGGUUGGAAGAGACAUGUUAGAACAUACUGGAGAUGGACCGUAUAAAUGUAAAUAUUGUGGGAAAGCUUUUAAAUUUUCCAAAUCAGUUCUGAAUCAUGAAAGGAUUCAUAUGAGAGAAAAACCUUAUCAGUGUAAGGAAUGUGGGAAAUCCUUCAGAAGUUGUAGUUCUUUUCAAGUCCAUGAAAGGAUUCACACUGGAGAGAAACCAUAUAAAUGUAAACAAUGUGGGAAGGCUUUCAGAGAUGUGAGAUAUGUACGAGUGCAUGAAAGGAUUCACACUGGAGAGAAACCUUAUGAGU